GCACUGUCAUAUAUAUCUUGGGAAAUUCCGAAGCUAGCAAAUUGUGGUGAAACAAACAUCACGUGGAAGUGAAGGACUGUGUUCCCUGCAUAAUUAAGGAGGAACAGAACAGAACAGAACAGGAAAGUGCCAGCUUCGAUUCAAUGCAACUGUUUGAACUCUGAAUCUGCAGAUUGUAACUGUCAAAUGAAACCAGAAUGCCGAGCUGUGCCGUCAAAGGAGGUUGCCCCACUGACUAUAUAGCCAUUGCUCUAUCCAUUCUUUCCUUCACUGUGCUUGUUUUAUGGUGCAUAGUUCCCUUCAUAGUUCACAAGGUUCCUCGUACCAAAGGCAGUGGCUUCUGGAUACCUGUAAUUCAAGUUGUAGCCAGCUUCUUCCUUCUUCUAUCGCUCGUGAUAUCGAAUAAUUUUUUGAAACUUGGGGAGAGGCAUUGGUGGCGGUCAUGCUACUUAUGGGGAGCCUGGGGUGAAGGUCCACUGGGGUUUGGUUUGCUCUUCAGCUGUCGCAUAACACAGGCUUCGCAAUUAUAUUUUAUCUUUGUCAAGAGACGUUUACCACUGAUACGAUCAUAUAUUUUUCUUCCGCUUAUUCUACUUCCCUGGAUUGCCUGUGCUGCUGUUAUCCAUUGGAUGAAGCCUCUAAGCAGUCGCUGUCACAUGAGAGCUCAAUGGACCAUCCCAGUUAUAACCCUUCACUCAUUGUAUAUUGCUAUUUUGGUUGGGGUUACAACUGCUGUUCAUCACAUAGAAUUCAGGUUUGAUGAACUCAAAGACCUCUGGCGGGGAAUACUCGUAUCAGCUGUGUCCAUUGUUAUUUGGAUUACUGCUUACAUACUUAAUGAAGUUUAUGACAAUAUCUCAUGGCUUGAAGUUGCCUCUAGAUUUCUGCUUUUAGUUGUGGCUAGCAUACUUGUGGUUGCUUUCUUUUCAAUAUCAAGUUCUCAACCACUUCUCUCACAAAUCAGCUUGAGGAGAAGAGAAACCCGAGAAUUUCGCACAAUGAGCCAGGCUCUAGGCAUACCUGAUAGUGGGGUAUUAGCACAAAGUGAACCAAUUUCAAGGAUAGAUCCUAAUGAGCCGUUGGAUAAGCUUCUCUUGAAUAAAAGAUUCCGGCAGUCUUUUAUGGCAUUUGCUGAUAGUUGCUUGGCUGGGGAGAGUGUGCACUUCUUUGAUGAAGUGUAUGAGCUUAGUAAAAUACCCGAAGAUGACUGUGUGAGAAGGAUCUACAUGGCACGACAUAUUAUUCAGAAAUACAUAGUUGCAGGUGCGGCUAUGGAGGUGAAUAUCUCUCAUAGAAGCAAACAAGAAAUUUUAUCUACUUCCAACCUAGCACGCCCUGAUCUCUUCCAAAAUGCACUCAACGAGAUCAUUCAGUUGAUGAGAACAAACCUGGCACGAGAUUACUGGUCAUCGAUGUUCUUCCUGAAGUUCCAAGAAGACUCCAAUUUGAGAUCCAAUGAGUAUGAGCUGGAACAAAUGACAGGGUGGAACUUUUCACCAAGGUUGAGUUCUGUGCAUGGUGCAGAUGAUCCUUUUCACCAGGACCAUCUCCUCAAGAGCUCAGGCUGUAGCAGUGAUACUACGGACUUAUGACUUGUUAGUUUUUACCUCUUAUUUACACAAUUUCUCUAGUUUGGUAAUGCCUUGCCGAACUAGCUUCACUUUUACAACAAAAAAACAAAAAAUCACUGGUAUGUUUUUUUCUGACUACAUUUAUGUUCGUUGUCCAUAGAAGAUAAAUAGUGGAGGAGAGUGGGGAGGUACAAGGAAGAAGUAACAGUGUUUUUUGUCUUUUUCCUUUUUUUUAUUUUCAAUCUAUAAAACAUAAGUAACAUCCAUAGAGUUAGGCUAGGACCUUGUACCUCCUGGCGUGUAGCUUGUAUUAUACUGAUUUCAUUUCAAAACUGAAUAGUCUUCAUAUUGUCUAGCACUUUUAAAGAGUAGAAGGUACAUGAAAAGAGAUCAAAAUGUUGUAUGCAGCUUACAACAACCACCUUGAUUAUAUGAUAUGUCUUUCAUUCUGAUAGUUAAUUGUAUUGAUUGCCCUCUUAGUCUCAUUGUAACGACAGUAUUGUGAAAGAAAGAUGUUAAUUACAUAUAUCUAAACCAUGACCUAUCAUUUUAA